AUGGACAACGAUUUUAGCAUGUUUUACUAUGCAGUCUUUGCCACCUUUGCUAUUCUUGUUACCGGCUCAAAUGGCAAACUGACAAGAUCAUCGCCAAAUGAACCGAAACCGUGCUGUUUACCGAAACAACAUAGUUCACAAAUGAGUAUAUCAACUGGUAUGAUAUUGCCCGAUGGUAAACCAUACAGUUCACACGAUGAAGCGAUUCUUUAUUUUACAGUUAGUAGUGAUGGUUUAUGCAUCCCAUUAAGUGGACAUUCUUACUCUCAAAACCCUGCUACGGUCAAUUCAACGACAGUAACAAAUUUCGUACCGAAAAUUAUUGAUCCGGAUGCAUUCGACAUACCGGAGGAAUGUAAAAAUGCUGCUUAG